UAACAUAUGUUGACCCAUGGCAGGACAAGCCUUUCCAUGCGAUUGUGUAAGUGUUGAAAUGCGCACCCACGGAAUUUUAAUUUUCAGUAGGACAAGCCCUUCCAUGCGAUUGUGUAAGUGUUGAAAUGCGGACCCACGGAAUUUUAAUUUUCAACGCGGCGUUGUUGCUGGUGUGCGGCGAGCAGAUCGUCUACGAAUACACGUGCUUCAGCUACACCAUCAAGGAUGGACGUAAUCGGGACGUGGUGAUCAGGUGCAACUCCACCGAGGUAUUUAGCCCCGUGGACGGCAAAUGCGUCAAACCUGAUAGGAACAAAUGGCCGUGUGGUAUAGGUAUGGACUGCCAGACUAAGGCAGACAAGGCAUAUCCAGACACGAACGAAGGAUGCAAAACGUACUACACCUGCCACGGGGGAUUCUUCUUUGGACACAACUACUGUCCAGGAGUUCUUGUUUUCAACGAAAAACUCCAGAUCUGCGAUUGGGAAAACAACGUUGAACCACCCUGUGGUUCUCAUGUGGGAGUGAUUGGCUAACAGAGCACACCCGGGUCUCACAACUACCACCCACAAAUCAUCAGCAUAUCGUUGGAUGUGCAUCCGUCAAUCACGUUGUAUUCGAGGCUCAAGAAAAAAUAAAAUAUUUUUGUGCA